GCAUCAGCCCUGUGCAACGGAACAAAGUGCACAGCUGGCGCUCUUUUCAGAGACCGCCACUUUUCAACAAUACGCAGCGACGAUCCGUUCAACAGGACAAAGAUAGCCUCAUACCCCUCGAAAACUUUUGUGUUUGACGUUCUCUUCUCAAUCGAGCAGCGCUUUCGACCGUGACCUGGGGUGGGCUUCAAGCAUCAAGCUGGGGGGGCCGGGUCUAAUUGUCAUUCCGCUCCGGCGAGCCCUACGAAUGCUUCAAGGCCGUGUUUGAGCUACCCAUACGUUUAUUCAGAACGUCUUCUCUUUUUGAAUUCUGGGUUUGAUCGAUAAACAGCGGCAUGUCAUCCGCUUCAUCCGGGAAGACACCGCGGGUUCUUGCCUGCGUCUUGUGUCAACACCGCAAGAUAAAAUGUGAUCGCCACACGCCAUGUGCAAAUUGUGUCAAGGCAAACGUCACCUGCACCCCGAGCACUCCGGCGCCUGCAAGAAAGCGCAGGCGGCCGAAUCAAGACUUACAGCAGCGCCUAUCCAGGUGUGAAGAGCUUUUGCAAGAGUAUGCCACUACCAAACCCUCUCCCACAAGCACUGAAACACAGGGACCCGACGAUCCUUGGAAGUCGGCCGGGAAACUCAUUGAGGAUGAUGGCGGAGUGCGUUUUAUGGAUAGUUACCUCUGGGCAGAGGUUCAUGAUGAGCUACGCGCCAUGCGCGAGAUCGUAGAUAAUGAUGACAAGGACGACGACAGCUACUGUACCCCGUCCGAUGCGCAAACACCAGAUCAGAAUACUGCUCUGAUAUUCUCAGAUGGCGGGUCUGGCUCGGGCUGGGGCUCCAGCACAGAGGACUUACACCCAGAACCAGCACACGCAUUCCGCUUGUGGCAGACUUUCCUCGACCGAGUGAACCCAUUGACCAAGGUGAUUCAUGUCCCUACAAUCCAGCCUUUGAUCGUUGAGGCAGCGACUAGUCGAGCCAACAUUCCCAAGAAUGUUGAGGCACUAUUGUUCUCUAUCUAUUCCAUGUCUGCUAUUGCAUUAUCAGAGCAAGAAUGCCUUAGCAUGCUGGGGUAUACCAAAGACGAGGCCUUCAAGCGGUUUUCCACCGGCGUUCGUAUCACCCUGAUGCGUAUCGGCAUCUUACACAAGUAUAACCUGGUUAUUUUGCAGGCUAUGGUUCUGUAUCUGAUGUCGUUAUCCGGUCGUUAUGACAGACAUGCCGCGUGGAUUUUGAAUGGCGUCAUCGUUAGAAUUGCCCAGAAGAUGGGUCUUCACCGAGACGGCGACACGCUGGGUCUGCCCGCAUUCGAAUCGGAAAUGCGGCGCCGCGUCUGGUGGCAGAUUGUACUGCUCGAUGCCACGUAUGCCUUGAUGUCUGGACUGGGCCAGUCGCUACUGCCACGAUCGUGGGACACCAAGGAGCCAAGAAAUAUCAACGAUGCUGACCUCUUCCCCACGAUGAACUCGGUGGAAGCACGGGAUGGUCCAACCGACAUGAUAUUCUGCUUGACGAACUACGAAAUUGCCAAACUACUGCUCAGGUAUCCUGGACUGGAAUCUGUCAUCUUACAGAACGAGUUAGGCGACCCUAAUUCGCCCCCUACGGCAGAAGUCGACGCGGCGCGAGAAAAACUCGACGAACUUGAUGAAAAACUGUCUGAGGUCAUCAGAAAGUAUGGCGACUUGUCAAUGGGGCCAGUGCAUGAACUCGCCAUCAAAACACGGUCAACCAUGAUGAGUAAGCUCCGUGACCUCAUCUGUCCGCCUAGGGAGCAGCCUGAAUGGGGUACGGAAAUCCUGACGCCAAAGGACAACUUAUUCAAGAUCGCUGUCAGCACCGGCGAGAACAGCGUGAUAUUAUACACGCAAGCUCAGAAGAUGGGUUACUUUUUAUGGUUCGAGAUGGCCCACUUCCAGAUUGAAGUUUUCCUCUACAUGGUCGGACAAUUAUGUACACGCCCCCAAGGGAAGCUGGUGGAAAGAGCCUGGCUCGUCGUCGAGCAAUUCUACCAGUUCCACACAGAACUGUUCGACCUUGCAAAUAAACCUAAUGGCGCCCUUGCCGUUUUUGUUCUCCGGGCGUGGAAAAGGCGACAUGAGUUUCUGCGAGCCACCCAAGGCGCCACAGUUGUGCAGCCCUACUACAUCUCGAGGUUGCAGAAACUGGUGGGAUCCGACGAGCUGAUGAAAGAAGAGGCUUCGAGUGACAAGCCUCCCCCUUCGGCCAUUCCUGCUGACAGAGCGGCGCCAAGCAGUCUCGACAUGCCGUGGGAACAAAUGCUAGGAUUUGCGGACUCUACAGCGAUUGAUUGGGACAUGUUUGGGAGUAGUACGCAACCAGUCAAUUACCAGGGCUUCGCGAACGUGGGGAACCCGCCGACAAACGGCUGGAUGUAUCCAUAAUGACAGUGCUGUUUUAUGACCUGCUUCGAAAUGACUCAGUGGCGCAGAAAAUGGCUUAUGUUGAACUCGCGAGCGGUGAGGCUUCCUACACUGAUUUGCUAGUAGACUUUUAACUACAGCAGCUAGAUCAUUCGUGUCCAUUCGCAUCCAACUCCCUGUCACAAACGUGCAUGGACUACAAUAAGCCGAAUUAAAUGACUCGGAAGGAUUAAGCCCGCGUCAAAACUUGGAAUACCAUGUUUUAAUCUCCGAGUGCGGUAAAAACCGCCAGCUGAUACGAUUUUGCUCGCUGUGCCUGCAUGAGGCCUCACUCCCGGCUGCUUCUAGCUG